ACCGGCAACCAUGAUUAUCUGUCCUGAAACGGUGGACGCUUUUGGUUUCUGUCCCGAGUUUGAUCUCAGGUUGCUUUGACCCCAAUUGCACUGCAGACGCUACAGUAAAAAAAUCCAUUGACAGUCAAAAGUCAUCUAAGCUGUUUAAUAAUUCAUUGCCGUUUUCCCUAUAAUUCCCAGUGUUUACUCUGCCGCGUGGAGCCCCGAGGAUUGGCGAAGCUUUGCUCCCGAACGCCGCCACAGAAUAUACAGGCACAACCAAUAGGUCUGUAAAUUACAUUUUUAAAAAUCAAUAGCUUCCUCAUUUGUAUGCCAGACCACAUUAGUUGGAGUUCAGCAGUGAAUGGGAACACACAGAAAUAUGGCAUAUCGAUGCUAGCGAGUGCCCGCACAUGGACUGUUCUGUGAAUACCCAAAACGACGCUUAACAUAUAGGGAAGUGAAACAGUGGACCCUGUGCUUCCGCGACGAGAGCUCCACCCGUGUUAGAGACUCCAAGUUAAAACCAGCCAAGCGUAUAUUCCAGGAACAAACAGAUUCAUCUGCAUCAAGCUCUGUGCGACAAUUGAUCGUAAGAUCAUAAACAUUACCAAAUAUGUCAAAAUGGCGGACAGUUACUUGAGAGCAACCGUUUUUAUUUCGUGAUCAUGGUGUUGGGUAUUUUUUCUGAUGACACUGAAUUCAUUCUGGUUUGGAAGAUCCUGGUUCCUCGAUUGAUCAGAUGACGUAUAUAGAUACUAUGGAAGAAGCCGACGAUGAACAGCCCCUCUUCCGCAUCUUUACACGAGAGUCCCUACGUCGGAUCGAGGAGCGAAUUGAGGAGGAAGCGCGUGCCAAAAAGGAGGCUGAGGAGCAGGCCAAGCUAGCAGAGGAGGAGGGCACACAGGAAGACAAGAAGGAAGAGAAGAAAGAUGCACACGAGGAAGAAGAGGAGGAGGGGCCGAAUAAACAUUUAGCAGCUGGAGCAAAGCUGCCGCCCCGAUUAGGAGAUUAUUUCCCACCGGAAUUUGUUGGAAAACCGCUGGAAGAUAUCGAUGAUUUUUACCAAAAUCAAAAGACUUUUGUCGUGAUAGGCAAAGACAAGUCAAUUUACCGAUUUAGUGCAACCAACGGAUUUUGGUGCCUCUCCCCCUUCAAUCCUUUACGACGAAUCAUGCUCUACGUUUUAGUCCAUCCAGCUUUCAACCUUAUUGUCAUCAUCACCAUUUUAGUGAACUGCGUGUUUAUGGCAAUGACAGAGACUCCCCAGAACUCAGAAUACGUUUUCACGGCCAUAUACACAAUGGAGGCUAUAGUGAAGCUUAUUAGCAGGGGAUUUAUACUGGAACCUUUUACGUAUUUACGCGACGCCUGGAAUUGGUUAGAUUUCAUGGUCGUGUCGCUAGCGUACGCGAUGCUGCUGCCAGAAGUGAAAGACAAACUAGGUAACGUGGCGGCCCUACGAUCAUUCAGAGUGCUAAGGGCACUAAAAACUGUUGCGGUGGUACCAGGACUUAAAACAAUCGUGGGUGCCUUAUUAGAAGCAGUAGUGCGACUGCGUGAUGUGAUUAUUUUAAGUACCUUCGUAUUAACGAUAUUUGCCCUGGUUGGACUACAAGUCUACAUGGGGAAAUUGCGCCACAAAUGCAUAUUGAGUGGACCAGAUGACAUGAAUGACACGGAGUGGUAUGAAUGGCAUAUUAACGAGAGUAACUGGCGUUUGAAUGAUCCGCAGGACCCAAGUUCAGGCUUUGUGGUCUGUCGAAACAAUACGGAUAUACCGGUUGGCAACUGUGCAUAUUUUGAAGAACAAGAUGGAAAAAACUACACAUGCAUGAAAGAUUUUGGGGUUUCGCCAAACUACGGAUACACCACUUUUGAUAAUUUCCCUGGGGCGUUGCUGUGUGCUUUCCGACUCAUGACGCAGGAUUAUUGGGAGAAUCUAUAUCAAUUGUCAAUCCGUGCAAAUGGAGAGGUCCACAUGGUGUUUUUUCUGCUCUGUAUCCUGUUUGGUUCUUUUUACCUGACAAAUUUAAUCUUGGCCAUUGUUGCUAUGGCCUAUGAAGAACAACAGAUGCGGGAUAAGGCAGACGCAGAAGAUGAAGCAGAAGCAAAAGAGGAGGAAAAAGAGCGUCGUGAGGCCUUGAUGUCAUUGUCCGAGAAAGUUCCGUCUGACCUGUCUAUUGCCCACCAAGAUCUAUUCGACGACAAGGACAAACCAGAAAGACUGAGCAUCAAAUCAGACAUCAUGAUAGGGCAUGACAAACUCCGCCGAUUAAGUGUACCAAACCCUGGUGUUAAGAGAGCGAGUCUAAGUCUUCCCGGCUCCCCAAUUUUUCGCAAAGGAUGCAAGCCCAAUCAGUUCAGUUGGAAGAAAAAGAAAAUCCCACCGGAAGAUAUUCAUGCUGCCGACCGCCAACCCCUCGUUCUAAAAAAUUUGGAAAAUUUGAACUUGCCAUUCGCAGACGAUUCUGCUGCUGUAACGCCAUCUAGCGAAGAUCUAUGCAAUAUUCCAAUGAUUCCUAAUGGUCAGAGAAAAGCCUCCAUGGCGCAUUUGCAUCCCGAAGGCAGCAUUAAACCAUACCAUGGAUCGCGUCGCGGUAGUCGAGUGUCCCACUAUAGCAAAGCCUCGAUCCGUUCCCGCCACAGCAGAGCCGGCAGCAGACGCUCACUACGAUACCGCUCAAGAAGGGAGAAAGGCGAACCAACAGACGAGAAGAUGUAUAAAGGCCAGCAGCAUCUUAUGCCUGAGGUGAUUCACGAUGGAACCAGCGAAAGGGAUGAUGGAGCCCUAAAACCAAUUGACGUUGCCAAAUCGCGCACACCAAGUCCAACAACAGUAGAUCUAAAAGACGUGAUGGUAUUAAAAGACCUCAUUGACCAAACAUCAAGGCGCAGUGCAUCUGUUUUCACAACAAGAACGGGGACAUUUUACGAGGAAGAACUGGACAGGAAAACAAUGAUAAAGAACAAACUCAACCAAAUCUUUUGCAGUUGGACGUGCUGUCCAUGUUGGCUGACAAUGCAGCGUUACGUUUACUUGUUUGUUACGGACGCUUUCAUGGAACUGUUCAUUACCAUUUGUAUUCUUGUUAACACCGCGUUCAUGGCCAUGGAUCAUCAUGACAAAUCUCCAGAGAUGACCUUCACAUUGAAAGUGGGGAACUAUGUUUUCACGGCCAUCUUCGCGCUAGAGGCCUUUUUGAAGAUCAUUGCCCUGAAUAUCCCGGUUUAUCUGAAAGACCCGUGGAAUUGCUUUGAUAUCAUCAUUGUGGUGCUCAGUUUGGUUGAGUUGGGACUUUCAGGCGUGAAAGGCCUCUCGGUUCUGCGAUCAUUUCGAUUGCUAAGAGUGUUCAAGCUUGCCAAAUCUUGGCCCACGUUGAACAUGCUGAUGAGCAUCAUGAUAAGAACCAUGGGGGCCCUAGGAAACCUUACCAUCGUUUUGGGAAUUGUCAUUUUUAUCUUUGCUGUUCUGGGGAUGCAGUUGUUCGGUGAGAGCUAUAAAGAAAAAUACGGACCGGAUUAUUUCACUGGAUUGCCGAGGUGGAACUUUACUGACUUCAUCCACUCCUUUAUGAUUGUGUUCCGUGUACUUUGUGGAGAGUGGAUAGAGAACAUGUGGCUUUGCAUGCAAGCGGUCGGCUACUCGUGUGUUCCAUUCUUCCUGCUCACUGUUGUUAUCGGCAACUUGGUGGUGCUGAACUUGUUUUUAGCCUUGCUGUUGAGUUCCUUUUCGGCCGACUCUCUGGGUUCGGACUCGGAUGACUCUGAACCAGAGGAGCCUAACAAAAUAGCAGAAGCAUUCGACCGCAUAUCCCGAUUUAAAAAUUUUAUCAAGAUGAAAAUCGUGGAAGGUUUUCUUAGGCUCAGAAAAAUGUUUAUCAAAAGAGGCGGUUCUGCGACAGAUGUAACGACAGUAGCAGUUAAUGGAAAAGAAAACUCGAAAGACAUGGUAGAUGGUGAGGUUCCAAUGCACAAUGGCGCUGUGAAAGAAAAAGAUGCUUUGGAGGCUAUGGAAAAAGGGACAAAAGAAAGUCAAGUCAACUUCGACGGAUCUAGGCAAAAUGGUUGUGGAAACAGGGAUAGUGGGGCAUCGUUCACCUGCGAAGAUGAGGGUAAAAGCCCGACAAGAUCGCACGCAGAUGAACCGCCAACCCGACCUGUAAGUGAAGACUCGCUAUGCAAAAAGCAAGAUCCUGUGACACCAACUGAAGAAGUCGGCUCUGAAAAGAAGGGUGAUUCACCGGAAAAACCCGGAAGCUUAGUUUCUCUUGCAGAGGGAGAGGACCAACUAGAAGCGGGAGAUCCGGAACCUAAUGAGGUCGAUGUGACGUACAUAAAAUACCCGGAUGACUGUUUUCCCGCCAGGUGGACAGCCAAGUGCGCAUGCUUUGUCCCAUGCACACAGACGGACUUUUGCAAAAAGUUUUGGGCUAUUCGUUGCAAGGCCUACCAACUCGUGGAGCACAAUUAUUUUGAAACUUUCAUCAUCAUAUGCAUCAUUAUGAGCAGCAUGGCGCUUGCCGUAGAAGACUAUUAUCUGAAGGACAGGCCAACACUGCAGCUGGUUUUGGAAAUAUUCGACAAAUUUUUUACCAUAGUCUUCGUCAUAGAAAUGAUUGUCAAAUGGCUAGCAUUUGGAUUACAUAAAUACUUCACGGAUGCCUGGUGCUGGCUUGACGUGAUUAUUGUUGGGAUCUCGGUUGCGGGCGUGAUGUUCGAACUUCUUAGUCCGGAAACUGGUGCUGGCAAAAACAUGAGCGCCAUGCGCGCUAUGAGAACCCUGCGGGCCCUGCGUCCUCUGAGAGCGGUGUCGCGAUGGGAAGGAAUGCGGGUGGUUGUUAACGCCUUAAUAGGAGCCAUUCCAUCUAUCUGCAACGUGUUUAUGGUGUGCCUGAUCUUCUGGUUGAUUUUCUCCAUCAUGGGCGUCAAUCUACUGGCCGGAAAAUUCUACAGCUGCAAGUGGGACAAUGGCACCAUAGUUGUGGCUGAAUGGACGGGAAUAUACACGCGCGAUAAUUGUUCGGCGCAUAACUUGACGUGGUCGGCCCCAAGCAUAACCUUCGAUAACGCGUUAGUGGGAUAUCUUGCGCUGUUGCAAGUGGCCACAUUCAAGGGGUGGGUGCCUAUUAUGACUAACGCCAUAGACGCAGUUGAUGUGGACAUGCAACCACGGCGAGAGCACAACGUCCUGAUGUACCUCUACUUCGUCAUCUUCAUUCUCUUCGGCUCCUUUUUCACCCUUAACCUCUUCAUUGGUGUUAUCAUUGAGAAUUUCAACUCACAGAAAAAGAAGGCAGGAGGAUCUCUAGAAAUGUUUAUGACUGAAGAUCAGAAAAGAUACUACAAUGCAAUGAAAAAAUUAGGAGGGAAAGAACCAAAGAAACCUAUACCUAAACCAAAGUUAAAAGUACAGCUGUGGAUUUUCCAUCUUUGCGUGAAUCAGAAAUUUGACAUUGUGAUCAUGGUGUGCAUCAUGCUUAAUAUGCUGACCAUGGCGUUGGAGCACUACGGCCAAUCAGACAAGUUUACUGAAGUUUUAAAUGUGAUAAACUUUAUAUUUAUUGGAAUCUUUACUGUGGAGUGUGUUUUGAAACUGUUUUGCUUGAGACAAUACUAUUUCAAGGAACCGUGGAAUGUGUUUGAUUUCGUUAUUGUCGUAUUCUCCCUUGUCGCCGUUGGUUUGGGAGGUAUAAUUGAACAAUAUUUGGUGUCACCGACGUUACUUCGUGUAAUACGUGUUUUCCGAGUGGGGAGAGUGCUUCGCCUUGUAAAGUCAGCAAAAGGGAUCCGUACUUUGCUGUUUUCCCUUGCCGUGUCCUUGCCAGCCCUUUUCAACAUUGGUCUUCUGCUUUUCUUGGUGAUGUUUAUCUGGGGAACGUUCGGGAUGUCAUUCUUUAUGAACGUUAAGUUUAAUAACGGCAUCGAUGAUCAGUUCAAUUUCCGGACCUUUGGAAGGGCCAUUAUAUUACUGUUUCAAAUGUGCACUUCCGCGGGUUGGGAAAGCGUAUUGGCGGGGCUCUCCAUACAACCGCCUGACUGCACAGAAGCCCCGCCAGAUUCUCAAGAACCGGGAGACUGUGGGAAUCCAGGCCUGGCGGUCGCUUACCUUGUAACUUACCUACUUAUAAGUUUCCUGGUCAUCGUCAACAUGUAUAUAGCAGUAAUCUUGGAAAACUUCAGUCAGGCCACAGAAGACGUACAGACCGGGCUAACGCAAGACGACAUCGACCUUUUUUACGAAACCUGGGAGAAGUAUGACCCUGAAGCAACCAAUUUUAUCCGACUUGAUCAGCUUUGUGAUUUUGUGGACGAGCUCGAAGAACCCCUUUGUAUUCCGAAGCCAAAUUACUUUCAGCUGGUUCACUUGGAUAUCACUAUUUGCGACAAUGACAGGUUACACUGUGUCGAUAUUUUGGAUGAUUUGACUCGUAAUUAUCUAGGAACUCAAGAUGAAGGGGAUCUUCCAGAACCUGAAAGAAAGGGUGAUUACCACCCGGUAAGUUCUUUGCUUGAAAGACAACGACACGUCUGGUGCGCUAAGAUCAUCCAAAAAGCAUGGAGAAACUACCUUUUAAGGAGAUCGUGCUCUGCGGUUGUCAUGGACGCUAGCAGUAGCUUUACCAAAGAAAAGAUGGAAGAGUAUGAUAGUAAAAUGAAAGAUCAAGAUGACCCACAAACAACUAGCGAAUCUGAACAGUCGGCGCCCCCUGCGUAUAACCAAGAUGGUAAAACUGUGGAGCUCUACCCAGACAGCGACGUUGUGGCGUGAUAUGCCAAGUAACGGUUUCGUAAAACUAGCGUUUUACGGCGUCGAUACGCCGUCACUAAGGUGCUCGCGAAGAGCCCGGGCAACUUGUGGCAAAGACAAACUUGGUCAGAGUAGGAGAAAGUAAUGAUCAGUCAGUCGCUUGGGCUGGUUUAGCAGGGUAAACGAAAGUUACUGGAAACCUUUUAUUCCGUAACAGAAUUGCCCUCUAAUGCGGAGAUACUAAUCUCAGGAUAUUGAUGACCGUGGUCAAAGGCGUCGUGACAGAAGGUGAUUUAAGUGAAAACCAGAUUACUUGCUGUUAAAGUAUAUUUGUGUUCACUUUAUGCAAUGCAGCGAUACGUGUAUAUGUUUUUUCAAAUAUUGUGCAUAAUCUUCUCCGGCGCAUAAUGCUUUUUGUUUGUUUUAACGCUGGUCUCUGCAAAGCGCUAUUUCUAUCGCUCAAUAACAGUUGUUUUUCCCUCUCUAAGAGGAUCGUAAUUUGAAAAUAAACAAGGAAAGCUGAUAAUUGCCAAGUGACGUCAAAAACUUUAGAAAGCUUUUUGGGCGUGGUGCUCUGAUUAUAGCAGUAUAUCGUUGGGUUUAGCAUGUUAGUAUGAUUUAUAACGUAUAUUUUUCGUAGAGACAGAACUUUGAUGAAAAUCUCUUCCCGUAAAUUGUGUUUGCAUUAGAGCAUGUAGAUGUUGGACGAGAAACACAGACAGGCCACUAUUAGAAAAUUUGCUUCUAAAACAGUAGCAGUUUUACCUACUUAACAGUGUAAGUCUAAUAAGCGCCAUGUUCAUUCAAUCUUACAUGUAACAAGUCGUUUUAAGAGUAGUAGCUAGAUGUCUUGCUUUUUUUAUACAAUAUUUAGCAAACAACAGCGAAAGGAACAUUCAUAUGGAUAAAAUGUGUAGUGUAUGUAAUUUUGAAAUUUAGAAAAAUUCCGUACUUGUAUUACAUAAUCUGCAUGUCAGUGUCACAUUGAAAAAUGAUUCUUUGUGUGUGAUCUAGGCAUUUAACUGAAGCUCGCUUAAAACGGGGCGGUUUGCCUCUUAAAACAAUAUAUACAGUACCAUGUCAAAGUAUUGCUACCCUUUUUCAUUAUCAUAUACGACGGUUUUCGCACUGUGCAUUGCAGCAAGUGUUUUAACAACGUUUGUAUGUUUCUCGAAAUAUUAUGGAACAUUUCAAACUUGCUACUUUGUACAACACAUAUGGUUACUCAUUUUACAACACAUAUAGUAGUUACAAAUGUCGCACUGGAGUGUGCUUGAUGUAGACAUAUAUAUACUGUGUGAUAGCCUGGCAAACAAGAAGUACUUCUACCGGUUUAUUAGAAUAUAUAACAGACACUCCAACACAAACAAAAACUGAGAAACAAACGGUCAUCAGUUCCAAUGUUCAGUGUGUGUGUACCGCCUAUUUAGUUAGUUAAUUACACAUAUCACUCAUUUUGUAAAUUUCUAUCAUCAAGCAUAGAUAUAUAGGUGCGUAAGUCUGCCUUAUUCGCUAUGUAGUUAUGUGUGACCUAGUUAUAAGUGUUGUCCCCAAAAAAAUAAAUACUCAACUUAUUUAAAACAAUGUCUUAGUCGCCUUUGUUUUCAUUUAUUUCAUACUUAAAUAUCUUUCCCAAAUUUGGACAUACAAGAACGGUUACUUAAUAAUUUUUAGACUUAAAUUUUAGUUUGUAUCGUUUUACCAGCAACUUACCAGUAAGGGAUUAUUUUUGCUAAUAGUUAUAAUAACCGUUAAUAUAUAAAAUUGCAAUCCGUAGAUAAAAGUUAUACAUUUGAUUAAA